UCUCACUCCCUCACUUCCUCUCCCCUCUCACCCGAACGCCAAUCAUCCGCGCUCGCCGGAGCAUCGAAUCGAAUCGAACCGGCCGGACUCCCGCCUUCUUCUCCUUCUUCUUCUUCCGAGGACCAGCGAUGCAGACUCUGUCCGCGCAGCCCCUCGCCUCCUCCUCUUCCUCGAUACAGCGCCAAAAUGGGCGCCGACGGGGCAACAGCUCCGUCCGGUUCGCGCCCCGCGCGGCCGCCGCGGCGGCCGACUCGGUGCUGAUCGCCGCCUCCACCAGCACGGCCCGCCCGCCGGCGUACCUGCCAUCGCCCUCCACCAGGAAGGUCCCCGGGUACGAGCAGUCCGCGCCGCCUGCCAUUGCCUCGCCGCAGAAGCAGGGGAGCAGCAAGGACGGGCAGAGCAAGGGCGGCCUCAACUUCUUCCAGCGCGCGGCGGCCGCGGCGCUCGACGCCUUCGAGGAGGGGUUCAUCCACAAUGUCCUGGAGCGGCCCCACGCGCUGCCGCGCACCGCCGACCCCGCCGUGCAGAUCGCCGGCAACUUCGCCCCCGUCGGCGAGCAGGCCCCCGUGCGCGCGCUCCCGGUCUCCGGCCGCAUCCCGCCCUUCAUCAACGGCGUCUACGCCCGCAACGGCGCCAACCCCUGCUUCGAGCCCACGGCGGGGCACCACCUCUUCGACGGCGACGGCAUGGUGCACGCCAUCCGCAUCCGCAACGGCGCCGCCGAGUCCUACGCCUGCCGCUACACCGAGACGGCCCGCCUCUCCCAGGAGCGCGCCGUCGGGAGGCCCGUUUUCCCUAAGACCAUCGGCGAGCUCCACGGCCACUCUGGCAUCGCGAGGCUGGCACUGUUCUACGCGCGCGGCGCCUGCGGCCUCGUCGACCCGUCCCACGGCACCGGCGUCGCCAACGCCGGCCUCGUCUACUUCAACGGCCGCCUCCUCGCCAUGUCCGAGGACGACCUCCCGUACCAGGUCCGCGUCACCGCCGGCGGCGACCUCGAGACCGUCGGCCGCUACGACUUCGACGGCCAGCUCGACUGCGCCAUGAUCGCGCACCCCAAGCUCGACCCCGUCUCCGGCGAGCUCUUCGCGCUCAGCUACGAUGUCAUCAAGAAGCCGUACCUCAAGUACUUCUACUUCCACGCCGACGGCACCAAGGCCGCCGACGUCGAGAUCGAGCUCGACCAGCCCACCAUGAUCCACGACUUCGCCAUCACCGAGAACUUCGUCGUCGUGCCCGACCACCAGAUGGUGUUCAAGCUCGCCGAGAUGUUCCGCGGCGGCUCGCCGGUGAUGCUCGACAAGGAGAAGACCUCCCGCUUCGGCGUCCUCCCCAAGUACGCCAAGGACUCGUCGGAGAUGAUGUGGGUGGACGUGCCCGACUGCUUCUGCUUCCACCUCUGGAACUCGUGGGAGGAGCCGGAGACGGACGAGGUGGUGGUGAUCGGCUCCUGCAUGACCCCCGCCGACUCCAUCUUCAACGACACGGACGACCACCUCGAGAGCGUGCUCACCGAGAUCCGGCUCAACACGCGCACCGGCGAGUCCACGCGGCGGGCCAUCCUGCCGCUGGAGAGCCAGGUGAACCUCGAGGUGGGCAUGGUGAACCGCAACAUGCUGGGCCGGAAGACGAGGUACGCCUACCUGGCCGUGGCCGAGCCGUGGCCCAAGGUGUCCGGGUUCGCCAAGGUGGACCUGGUGACCGGCGAGCUCACCAAGUUCGAGUACGGCGAGGGCCGGUUCGGCGGCGAGCCGUGCUUCGUGCCCAUGGACGGCGAGCACGCCCGCCCCGGCGCCGAGGACGACGGCUACGUGCUGUCCUUCGUGCGCGACGAGGCCGCCGGCACAUCCGAGCUCCUGGUCGUGAACGCGGCCGACAUGCGGCUCGAGGCCACCGUGCAGCUGCCGUCCCGCGUCCCCUACGGCUUCCACGGCACAUUCAUCGGCGCCGCCGACCUCGACGCCCAGCACUAAUCGAUUCCUUGGUUCUUUGGCCACACCUGCCCCCGCCAUUGGCCCUCUCGCUCUCAUCACUCCGAGCUUCUCGGAGGCAGAGAAGCAGAGGACGAGCAGAAAUGUGGAGGGAAAAGCUUUUCCAGAGGGAGCCACACAGGAGGUCCCCGGAAGCGGUUGCCCCAAGGCAUGGAUACAGUUAGCGGCGGUUACACACCAUCACUCUCUCUUCAUCACUUGGUUUUUUGGUCACUUUUUUUUUACCUUUUCACCUUUUACCCAUAUUAGUAAAUGGUAAAUCAGUUAGGGUAGUAAUACUAGUGGAGUUUAGGGAGGGAGAGAGCUUGAAGCUCUGGCACUGUGGGUGUACAGGGUGCUGAGAGCUCAGCUGGAUUCUGUUCUUCUAGAGAGAGAGAGAGAGAGACCCAAGAGAGGGGAAUUGAACCACCCAGUUGUGCUGGAGCUGGAGUGACUCCUGCAACUGAGGUGCUGUUGGGGACUCAAUUCCUUCUCUCUGCUGUGUAUAUAUACUCCUCAUGAUCACUGUCAUGUCAUAUAGUAAAGCUUGAUCAUGUUCAUCUUC